AUGAACUUCCGGAAUAAAUUCAAUAAAUGCCCUAGAUGCAACAAAAAAAAGGUCCUAGAGUAUGGGAAAAACUCGUGUACCGAUUGUCUUUCUGCAAAAUCUCUACCUGUUAAAUCAAUUAAGAAAAAACAUGAUAAAUGCCCUGGGUGUAGCAAAAAAAAGAUCCUUAAAUAUGAGAACAACGAUUUGUGUAGCGGCUGUUAUUCAGCGCAAUUUCAGUCGGUCAAUAGCGGAAAUAUACAUAUCAACAAUUUAAUUAAAGCAACCCAUAAAAAUAAUAUCCAAUUCAGGUUAGAAUGGAUCCCAUUUGGAGAUUUUACAAAAGUCCAGAAAAUUGCAGAGGGUGGAUUCAGCAAGAUAUUCAUCGCUUCAUGGAAACAUGGAAAGGUUAAGAGUUAUAAUGGAGGAUAUUUUAAUCGGACAGGUCACAAAACAGUUGUACUAAAAAUCCUCAAUGAUUCUCAAAAUAUAAACUCGGAGUUUAUAAAGGAGGUAAAUUACACAAUAUUACUAAAACCCAACCAAACUCCUAUAAGCGUUGUCUUAUUCAAUGUUAUGGAGUAUCACAAGAACAAAUAA